GAGUACUGCAUUUGGAUUCAUUCUGAGGUUUUGCAGAUCUGCAGUCAUGUUUCCAGUUCUGUUUAGCUUAUGCUUGGUUGGAAUAACCCACGUUGCUCUUGCGGAUAACGCCAGGAAAUGUUCCUAUCCUGGACCCUUGGACAAUGGAGAAAUACACAUCACUGAUCUCAACUACCUGAGUGUCAUAAACUUUUCCUGUAAUAAUGGGUUUGUUCUUGAAGGACCAACAAGCAGCCAAUGCCAGGUAGAUGGGAGCUGGAGUGCACGCCUGCCUGAAUGCGAACCUGUGAUUUGCCCUCCACCUCUAGUUUCUGAGUUUGGAGCUCUCUCUUACCGUAAAAUUGAGUCUGGAGAUCAAUUUGUUUUCCAAGAGACAAUCAGUUUUAGUUGUCUGUUACCUCUUGCGCUGUUUGGAAGUGAAACAGCUACCUGCCAGGCUGAUGGAAGCUGGACUGCAUUACCUGAAUGCAAAUCUGUAGAAUGCCCACCUCCAGAACCAAUGGAACAUGGAUUCAUAAACUUUGCUCUUCGUGGUACUUUUCAUUAUCAAGAUACUGUGUCUUAUGGUUGUUAUCCACCUUAUACUAUGGAUGAAGCUUCAGAAUCAAGGUGUGAGAAAACAGGAACUUGGUCAAAUAAACCAACUUGCAAAGCACCAUGUAACAUACCAGUGGAAAGAGCGACAGUGUUAUACAAUGGGCAGAAAAUAAAUGUGGAAAAAAUUAAGAGUCUACAACAUGCUGAGACAAUCUGGUUUUUCUGUAAAAGUAAGACAGAGAAGUGCAGUUAUAAAAUAUCAACUCAAUGCAUAGAUGGCGAACUUUCAGUCCCUGGCUGUUUUGAAGAAGUUAGCCGGUUUAUGUCCUGGUUCAAAAAAGAUCCAGCAGACAUGUCUCCAUGUGGGAACUAACUGAAGAUAUCAUCUCCCUGUCCUCCAUGACGUAUUGAAAAAGAAGUACCUAUAAAUGGAGAAUUCCUUCAAGAUCACAUAUUAUUUUUCCAAAUACAUGUACCAGCAUAUGUACAGUUAAUACUUUUUUAUCAAAUAUAUUAUUUUGAUAUGAUUCUUUUAAUAUUUUGCUUUGCAAAUUAAUCUGAUAAAACUACUAGACUGUAUUGUACUACGAUACAUAAAACACCCUGACACUUUUCUAGCUUUUGAUUUAAUAAAACAUGUAUAAACCUCAA